AUGAAAAUUUCUGAAGAGGCUUCUUUAAAAAAAUACAAUUUACAAUUUAGUAGUAUUUUAGGUCAACCAGGAGAUUCAGAAAGCACCCUCUCUAAUGUUACUUCUAUACAAACGCAACUGCAAUCUCUUUACGAAACUUGCGGUGAAACCAUCAAGCAUUUCGAUAGAUUUCAUCUGCAAACAUUGCCAAAAACAUCAGCAACAACAGCGAUAGGAGCAUCAGCAGCAACUUACAGUGUUAGUGAUAAACAUCCCACAACAACAACAAACUUGACUAGAACUUUGGAAAAACAUGUAAUUCUAAUGGAGAAUCAAAGUAAAUUUAAUAUAACAAAAACAACAGUACAUCCUACAACGACAAUUGUUGCCGCCUCCAUUGCAUCGCCUACCAAAGCCACAACGUGCGCUGGUAAAACAGCCACAAUCUUAGUUUCCAAAUCAAAAACCAAAACUGGUUUACCUUUACUACUCAAGAAUUCCAUCAAUAAUUAAUUUUCAAAACUGAAAGUGAAAUCCGAAUUAAUUGAAGGUGAGAAAGUUUUGUUUUCGUUUUGUCUUCUCUAAUCUUUAUGCCUGUUGUUCGUUAAUAAGUCACCGUAAAAAAUGGAAUCCUUUUAUUUUUAUUUUUUGUUAUCUGCUGAGAAGUUUUUUUUUUAUUCUUAUUUUUAAAAGUAUUUAAAUAUUAUAAAAAGUAUUUUAGUGCAAUAGUUUUUCUAUUAUACUUCCCUGUCUUCAAUAAUUUACUACCAGUAUUGGAAAAGGUAUUUUUAUUUGUACAUUUCCUCUAAAACAUUAAAAAAAUUUUUGAAAUAUCUGAAAUAUUUUUUAUAAAUGUAGCGCUAUUUAAUAUUAUAUAUGAGCAGAAAAAAAUUAUAUAUGUAAAAUGUAUACAAUGGAAUAUCAAAUCAGACAUUAGCGAGCCUACACAAAAAAAAGAAAAGAAAAACGAAGAGGAAGUUAAAAAUCUAAUAUUAUUUUUGUUACGUACCCAUGAAUGUUUAGUUAAUCUUUAAAGAGAUGAAAGAAAUGCGUUUCUUUAUUUAGAAAUAUUUAUAUAAUUCGUAGCAGAUUUGCAUAUAUAUUAUAUAUAUAUAUAUAUAUAUAUAUAUAUAUAUAUAUAUAUUUUGUUUUUAAAUGAUUGAAAACUAAUAACAGCUAAAUAUCAAGAAAGCAAAAAGUACCGAAGCGCUAAAACAUCAUAUAUAUAUAUAUACAUAUAAAAACAUAUAUAUAUAUAUAUAUAUAUAUAUAUGUAUAAGUGAAGUAAUACAUAAAUGAAGUGGGAAGUUUCAGAACGUUCAUCCCAUAACGACGACGAAUAUAUAUAAAAUACUAAACAUAUACAUAUAUGGAUCAAACAUAUACAAUACAUAAACAUGCAUAAUAUAUA